AAUGGGUUUGAAAUCAAAUAAACUGCAUCUCCUUUUAGCCAUAUUCAGUCUUCUUCUUCUGCUGCUGAUUAAUGCUGAUUCUUACGAGUUCAAGGUCGGAGGCUCGAACGGGUGGAGAGUACCCACGGAUUCAGAUCCUGUCAACUACCAUCAAUGGUCGGAAAAGAAUCGGUUUCAAAUUGGUGACACUCUUUUGUUUACAUAUGAAGGCGGCAAGGACUCAGUCCUAUACGUAUCCAAAGAAGAUUACGACAAUUGCACCACAUCAAACCCAAUUGACAUGUUCACCAACGGCUACAGUGUCUUUAAGUUCAACCAUUCAGGACCUCACUAUUUCAUAAGUGGAACAAAAGACAACUGUCUUAGAAACGAGAAGACACAAAUUAUUGUCCUGGCUGAUCGGACAAACCGGUCAUCAUCAGCAUCAUCUCCAGCACCUUCUUCUUCCCCACCAAUAGAACCACCUUCUUCUUCCCCACCAAUAGAACCGCCUUCUUCUUCCCCACCAAUAGGUUCAACAGAAAUGUCACCUCCUUCCCCUGCUCCCAUCGGUCAGGAAGCUCCAUCUCCCCCACCAGCUGGAUCAGUUGGGAUCAUAAACCCAUCUUCAGAGAAUCCUCAUAAAAAUAGCGCAGCGUCUUCAACCAUUAAGAGUGUUAUUAGCUCCAUGGGAGCUUUCCUCUGUUCAUAUGUUGCUCUUUCUGCUCUCUAAGUGAUUCCUAAAAACUUUAUUUGUUUCUCCUUUUAAAGGUUGUGUUUUUAUUCGACACUUGUCGACGAUUGAAUGUUUGAUUGAUUUGAUGAUAUCCGAAAUAAUAAAAAUUAUGUAUUUAUCUUGCUUA